AUGAGUCAAGAUAUGAUUGAAGAUGAAGUUUUGUCUGAAACUCAAUCAAGUACAUCAUCGCGUCGUACCAGUUCAAUUAGUUUUCAUAUGGCAUCUACUAAUGUACGAUUACGACGUAGUAGUAUUAUUACUGGACGACAAUCAUCAAUUAUUGAUACACAUGAAAAUAAACAAUCUAAACAACAACAACAACAAACACCAGUUAAAGUACUUGUUGUUAAUGGCAAAUGUUCUGAAAUAUUUAAAUCAACAUUAGAAGAUUGUGUUGAAGAAUGUAUAUUAGAAUUUGCAGGUGAAAAUUCAAUUUAUGUACCAAAAUCAGGACAAGCUACACAAAUACCAGUUGGUAAUAAACAAAUAUUUUCUUCGAAAGAACCUAGUUCUAAUGUAAAUCAAUCAACAAAAUUGAAUCGUCGAAGAAGUUCAGUUAAUCAAUUUAAUUUACCACAAAUUGGAAAUAUGCGUACUAGUCAAACUAGUAAUUUUUCAUUCUCUAAUACAGCUCUAACAAUAACAUCUGCAUCACGUAUGCGUCAUCAAUUAAUUCAAUCAAAAUUUUCUCCUGUCGAAGAUAUUUCUGAAGAAGCAACUGAUCUUCAAACAAUAAUUGAACAAGUACAAAAACCAUUAAUAACUGAAACAGAUUGUGAACAUCCACAUAUAUCUCAAGAAGAAAUAAUUACUCGUCAAUCAAAUAAUGAUACAUUAUCUCAAUCAAUUUCAAAUUCUCAUCGAAAAAUUCCAUCAGCUCGAACUCAUUUAUCAUAUAGUGAUCGUCAAAAAGUUUAUCGUUUAUCAGAUUUAGUUAUGUUGGGACCUGAAUAUUUUACUCAUAUAUUUAAUCUUCCACGUACAUCACGUUAUGCUACACAAACAUCAGCCAGACAACGUUCAAGUACUCAACAAGGACGCAAUAAACCUGCUGAUAAAUACAAUGAACUUGAUCGAAUAAAGCAAGAUCUAUUUCAUCGAUAUUUAUGGACACAAAAACCGCAAGUAUCAUGUCGUAUUCGUCCUAUAUCAACCUAUACACGUAGUACAACAUUUGUCAUUUAA